AUGCACUGCCAAGUUGCACGAGCUGUGUGGGGUACGUGCACACGCCGAAAGCACGUCGAAGAGCGAAAAGCACUGCCUCACGGGGACAAAAGCGACAAAAAUCACUCUCUUCCGUGCCAGAAGUUUUGUCCGUCAACUAAUUUUGUCGAUUUCGGGUGUGCGUUGGCUGCCAAGGUCGACGAAUUCGUCCACGUUCGAUGCACUGCCAAGUUGCACGAGCUGUGUGGGCGAAAAGCACUGCCUCACGGGGACAAAAGCGACAAAAUCACUCUCUUCCGUGCCAGUAGUUUUGUCGACUUCGGGUGUGCGUUGGCUGCCAAGGUCGACGAAUUCGUCGACGUUCGAUGCACUGCCAAGUUGCACGAGCUGUGUGGGGUACGUGCACACGCCGAAAGCACGUCGAAGAGCGAAAAGCACUGCCUCACGGGGACAAAAGCGACAAAUUACUCUCUUCCGUGCCAGAAGUUUUUCGACAUCGGGUGUUGCUGCCACUUCCGAUUGUUGCGGUGA